CUGCGCCGAGCUUUGCUGGAGCCCGACGCUGCUCCCCGGGCCCGGCCGCCUCGGUCUGUGGGUGGGAUUUUUAAUUUCGCACGCUGGAUUGUGACUGCAAGAAUGUCUUUUCCACCUCAUUUGAAUCGCCCUCCUAUGGGAAUCCCGACACUUCCCCCUGGGAUCCCCCCUCCACAGUUUCCUGGCUUUCCUCCACCUGUACCUCCUGGGACCCCUAUGAUUCCUGUACCAAUGGGCAUUAUGGCUCCUGCUCCAACUGUGUUAGUUCCUACCACAGUGUCUAUGGUUGGAAAACAUUUGGGAGUCAGAAAAGACCAUCCUGGCUUAAAGAACAAAGAAAAUGAUGAAAACUGUGGUCCCACUACUACUGUUUUUGUAGGCAACAUUUCAGAGAAGGCCUCAGACAUGCUCAUACGGCAGCUUCUAGCAAAAUGUGGUUUGGUUUUGAGUUGGAAGAGAGUACAAGGGGCAUCUGGAAAACUUCAAGCCUUUGGAUUUUGUGAGUACAAAGAGCCAGAUUCUACCCUACGAGCACUGAGACUACUCCAUGACCUCCAGAUUGGAGAGAAGAAACUGCUGGUCAAAGUUGAUGCAAAGACAAAGGCUCAGCUGGAUGAAUGGAAAGCAAAGAAAAAGGCAUCUAAUGGGAACUCCAGACCGGAGACAACAAAUGACGAUGAUGAAGCACUGGAUGAGGAAACAAAGAGAAGAGAUCAGAUAAUUAAAGGGGCCAUUGAAGUCUUAAUACGAGAAUAUUCCAGCGAGCUCAAUGCCCCCUCCCAGGAAUCUGACUCUCACCCCAGGAAGAAGAAAAAGGAAAAGAAGGAGGACAUUUUCCGCAGAUUUCCAGUGGCCCCACUGAUACCUUAUCCACUCAUCACCAAGGAGGAUAUAAAUGCUAUAGAAAUGGAGGAAGACAAAAGAGACCUGAUAUCAAGAGAAAUCAGUAAAUUCAGAGACACACACAAGAAACUGGAGGAGGAAAAAGGCAAAAAGGAGAAAGAAAGACAGGAAAUUGAAAAAGAACGCAGAGAAAGAGAAAGGGAACGGGAGCGUGAACGAGAAAGGAGGGAGCGUGAAAGAGAGAGGGAACGUGAACGAGAGAAGGAGAAGGAACGGGAGCGUGAACGGGAGCGAGAUAGGGAUCGAGACCGAACUAAGGACCGAGACAGAGACCGCGAGCGAGACAGAGACCGUGACAGAGAUCGUGAAAGAAGUUCAGACCGCAACAAGGAUCGGAGCAGAUCAAGAGAAAAAAGUAGAGACAGGGAAAGAGAACGAGAGCGUGAGAGGGAAAGAGAACGAGAACGCGAGAGGGAACGGGAACGAGAACGAGAACGGGAAAGAGAGCGGGAAAGAGAGCGGGAAAAGGAUAAGAAGAGAGACCGAGAAGAAGAUGAAGAAGAUGCCUACGAACGACGAAAAUUGGAGAGGAAACUGCGCGAGAAGGAAGCUGCAUAUCAAGAGCGUCUUAAAAACUGGGAAAUCAGAGAAAGAAAAAAAAGUCGAGAAUAUGAAAAAGAGGCUGAGAGGGAGGAAGAAAGAAGACGGGAAAUGGCAAAAGAAGCCAAACGAUUGAAAGAAUUCUUAGAAGAUUAUGAUGAUGACAGAGAUGAUCCAAAAUACUACAGGGGUAGUGCUCUUCAGAAGAGGCUACGAGACAGGGAGAAAGAGAUGGAAGCAGAUGAACGAGAUAGGAAAAGGGAAAAGGAAGAAUUAGAAGAAAUUAGGCAACGUCUUCUGGCUGAAGGACAUCCAGAUCCAGAUGCAGAACUCCAGAGGAUGGAGCAGGAGGCUGAGCGACGUAGGCAGCCACAAAUAAAACAAGAGCCAGAAUCUGAGGAGGAAGAGGAAGACAAGGCAGAAAAAGAAGAAAAAAGAGAAGAGCCAGAGGAGGAGGAGGAGGAGCCUGAACAAAAGCCUUGCCUUAAACCAACUUUACGACCCAUCAGUUCUGCUCCAUCUGUUUCUUCUGCUAGUGGAAACGCAACUCCUAACACACCUGGUGAUGAGUCUCCCUGUGGCAUUAUUAUUCCUCAUGAAAAUUCACCUGAACAGCAGCAACUGGAAGAGCAUCGGCCCAAAAUAGGACUCAGCCUCAAACUGGGUGCCUGCAACAGUCCUAAUCAGCCCAAUGCUGUAAAAAGGAAGAAACUUGCUGUGGAUAGUGUUUUCAAUAAAUUUGAUGAUGAAGACAGCGACGAUGUGCCCCGGAAAAGGAAACUUGUUCCCCUGGAUUAUGGAGAAGAAGAUAAAAGCAAUAUCAAAGGCAGUGUCAAUACAGAAGAAAAGCGCAAACACAUUAAGAGUCUCAUUGAAAAGAUUCCCACAGCAAAACCAGAGCUCUUUGCUUACCCUCUUGACUGGUCAAUUGUGGAUUCAACACUAAUGGAACGUCGAAUUAGACCAUGGAUCAACAAGAAAAUAAUAGAAUAUAUUGGUGAAGAAGAAGCUACACUAGUUGACUUCGUUUGCUCUAAGGUUAUGGCUCACAGCUCGCCUCAGAGCAUACUGGAUGAUGUUGCCAUGGUACUAGAUGAAGAAGCUGAAGUUUUCAUAGUCAAAAUGUGGAGGUUGUUGAUAUACGAGACAGAAGCAAAGAAGAUUGGCCUAGUGAAAUAAAGUGCUCUCCUUGCUUCUAGGGUUCCAUUUCAAUUUUGGGCUUUCUUUCCCCCAUUGUUCAGAGACUUUGAAUUCUCUCUGUUCUCAGAGACUUGAGACCUGUAUUUUUUUAUGUAGAAAAUGUGAAUUUUUUUUGUCCUCUGCUCUGAGGCCCCUUUUACCCUUCUCAAUUAGUUAUCAAAUCCUGCAUUGGUUCUCUUUAUAAUACACGAGGUACAAUUACCGGUAUGUUUUAUAAGCUGCAGCUACUGUACAUGCUCUUUGGUAAUUUUGUUAUGUUACCCUAAUUCUUGUAAAUAUUAAGGAAAAAGAAUUCCAUUUUGCAAAACAUUUGCACUUAAUGUGGAACUAUAUCAGUUACAGAUGAAGACAAAGGAUUUUGCUGCAAGUUUAUCAGUGUUUUUUUGGGAGUAUACUUCCCCUUUUUUAUUUAAGGAAUGAUCAAAAUACGAUUUAAAAGUAAGUGUCUUGAGCUGUUUUCACAGAACAGCUUUGUGUGUUCAUUUGAUCUCUUCAUCUGACUGGAAAAGGAGUUCCUUCAAACUUCUCUUUUUAAUGUGAACCAGUAGUAAUCUUGGUACUUUGUUGCCUGUUAAGAAUUACUCAUGAAGCUGGGAACGUAAUCUCUUGCAGACGCUCUGCUUCUUUCCCAGAAAGUGCAAAUCACAGGAAGUUUCUUAUUUGCUCAAUUAAAACAAGAGCAGGACCUAAAUUCAGUAAGUGCUAUCUAAUGGUUUUUGUUUUCUUCUUCUGCUCAAUUUCAUUCUAGCCCUUAUCUACUAUCACUUCUGUCUCCAAAAUAAUCAGAUUUUUUUUUAAAAAGAAAUUAUUUUUUAAAACUUUUUUUUUUAUAUUUAGAAACAGAGAAAAGCCCUGUUUGAAUAUGUCUCUUAAAAAAAAAAGAAAAAAACAAACCAUGAAAACUAAACCAUAAGUUUUCAAACAAAGCUGAAAUCUUGUUUUUAUUCAUACUGUUAAACUAGCCCUGACUUUUGUUUUCUACUGUAUGCAGUCUGUUGUCCACAAAAAGAGGGUAGUAUUUUCCUGCCUUGUUUGUAUGUUUUUUUAUAAAUAGACUGAUAUGGUAUAAAUGAUGACAUGUACUGUAAACUGCAUUUUUUUUAUCUCAUACCUGGGUAAGAAGUCAAAUCUAUAAUGUGCUGUGAGCUGUUUUGAUUGCAGGAGGACUGUGUUCCAGGGAGCAAACGGUCUCAAAAUUAUUUUUAAUUUUUGAAACACAAUUCUUAAUAGCAAGCAAAUUAAGUAAAGGUGUUCCAGUAUCUCUAUAUUGUAUUUAACUGAAGGAUACAGGUUGACCUGUUCAGAAAACAUAACUGUGACCUUGAGUUACUAGUUCUUUGUAUCUGGAGAGGACACUUGAAAACACUGUUCUUAAAAUUGGGAUCGUGUAAAGGUUCCACCAUGUAAAUAUUUCAGAUAUUAAAAAUGUAUAUAUUUGAUUUAAGGGUUGAUAUUCUUUUGGAGUCUUACGCAGCAUGCAAUUGUGUUUAACAGUGCUUACUGAAUCAAGUGUUCCCAAAUUAGGGAUGGGUUUGUUUUUUAAAACUAUCUCCUGCUUAUAUUAGGUGACUAGAAGCCUGCAAAUUUAGAUUCGAUCUCAGUAUGUUCUUUCUCAUCCCUGUGAUAUACUACACUACACAUCACCAAAUGUUCUUUUUUAACUUGAAGUGUUACUUCCAUGUUGUGCUUGAAUUUCCCUAUGAAUGUUUUGGGUUGCAUGCUUACAUGUUGCAAUCUUCCUAUUUUUUUCUGCAACUUGAUGGUUGCAACCCUAAGAAAUUACUUCCCUGUUCUCCAUAUACAGUUCUGCAUCACCAUUUACAAAAAAGUUUUCAAGUUCUAAAUAAAUUCAAAGAUUGCUCUGUUUGUAGCAAAUACAGAGAAGAGGGAGAGUGAACUUCAUGAGUGCCUUUUCACCUGGUAAAUGUCAUUCUCUCUCAUUAGCAGUAGUUCAACAAGACAAAUGUGAUAAAUGCAUUGUAAUGCCACUGUGUGACAACUUGCCCAACAUUGUCAUACAGAUUCUUUGGAGAAAGCUCAAGUUGUGAAACUUCAGUUUAUUUCUGUCCUACACUAAAGCUGUGUGUGCAAUGGACGUAAGCUUGUACUCUUCCUUUCCUAAGGAGACUGAAGGUGCCUGGAUGAGAAAGACAAGUAAACUUUAAGCUGGAGUGUUAAAUACCUAGGUAAAUAAGUAUGUAGAAUCACUGUGAUACCAUCAAAAAAUCAGUUUUGUGGAAGUUCAGGUUUUCUUCAGUAGUGGAAGAAAAAAGGAAUAUUCACUAGAUGAACUCUGGUUUGGCUUAUCAGCUUUUCCUCUUUCAGAAUGCAAGUAUAAAGUCACUUCUGCUUUA